AAAACAAACGUUUUCGUGUGGAACUCAGUCUCCAUGCGUUAACGCUAAGAUAACAACGUAUGAAUGAACGUUACUACAAUUGACCUCGUGAAACAAUAAGUAUAUAAGGUUAAUAGCGUUAAGGGUUUAUUUUAAAGUUAAAGAGAUGGCAUCCUCCAGAUAUAAGGGUUUCCACCGGAACAUGGUGAAAUCAAAGCUUGCUAUGGUUGUCAGCAGUCUGAGGAAGGAGAAUGUCUAUCUGAAGAAGACCCUGGUUGAGUUGUCCCGUCAGCAUUCAGAAUAUUACAAACUAGUAGAGAGAUUUCUCUCUUUUGGAUCCAUCAGGCUGGAGAGUUCUGAGCAGCUGAUGGCCAAACAUGAGACGAAUCCUUUACCAUCAGAGGAGCUGAGUAAGAGAGAUGGGAAUUCGGUGGAUGUAGGGGAUAUGAGGACAAUGUCCAGUUAUGCCAGAGAGAUUGAAGAAAUCAAGAACAUGCUUGUGGCUGUCUCAACCAGAUGUCAGUAUCCCCAGAGCAAAGCUGCAAGGAAGAAGGUUAAAGAGAUGGCAUCCUCCAGAUAUAAGGGUUUCCACCGGAACAUGGUGAAAUCAAAGCUUGCUAUGGUUGUCAGCAGUCUGAGGAAGGAGAAUGUCUAUCUGAAGAAGACCCUGGUUGAGUUGUCCCGUCAGCAUUCAGAAUAUUACAAACUAGUAGAGAGAUUUCUCUCUUUUGGAUCCAUCAGGCUGGAGAGUUCUGAGCAGCUGAUGGCCAAACCUGAGACGAAUCCUUUACCAUCAGAGGAGCUGAGUAAGAGAGAUGGGAAUUCGGUGGAUGUAGGGGAUAUGAGGACAAUGUCCAGUUAUGCCAGAGAGUUUGAAGAAAUCAAGAACAUGCUUGUGACUGUCUCAACCAGAUGUCAGUGUCUUGAGAACAAAGUUGCAAGGAAGAAGGACUCAGUAUCAGAUGAACAGGCCUCCACCCCCGGAGUAACAGAGCUUCAAAAUCAUCCCUGUGAUUCCCCCAAGGCCUUGGAGAAGAACAAGCCGCGGCUGGAGUAUGACCAGCAGAGAGAGGCCUGUGUGAGGGGAAUUCUGGCCAGAAUGUUAUGGCUGGAGAAGCAGCUGAACGAGGCCAAACAGGCCUGCUCACAGCAAGACAAUGAAGACCAUUUAGAUGAGAAGAAGCAAAUGCGUGAGAUGCAGGUACACUAUGAAGGACUCUUACAGAAUACCAAAGACACGAAGGACAUACUCAAGGAGCGACUUGACCUGACCCAGCAGAACCUGAUAAUGAUUGAAAACCGGUGCAAGGAAAGGGAGCUGGAGGUGAAGGAGCUCAAACAGCAGCUGCAGAUUGAAAAAAUGAACAGAACAAGUGCACCUGAAGAUCAUCAUUGCUCUGAGGAUGAACAUCAGCGCCUGAGGGCUGAAACCAUUGAUCUGAAGUGCAGACUUGAUGAGGUGAAACGCAAGUCCGCUAACUUUGAGCUGCAGGCAAAUCUCUUUCAGAAGUUUAUGAUGAAUCUUCACCAUGAAGAUCAGGAGAAGAUUGCCAAGCUGGAACGUCAGGUCAAGAUUGCUUCACAAGACCUUGAGGAUGAGAGGCAGGCUUGUUCAUAUUUAUCGAAGCAAAUGACCAAAGUCCUGAAGACACAGCAAAAAACUACAGAUGUGACAGCACAGCCAAAGAGAGAUCAGCAGGACCGUGACUCAUAUCAAGUGACACACCCACCCUCCCAGCCUUCCAGAAUCAGAUUGACAUCCUCCCCUUGCAGCAGCUUGCUGAAUGAAAGCUUCCUGGAGUGUCCCAGCUGCCAGACCAAGUAUCCUGCCAAUCACUACAGAGAACUUAUCAACCACCUCGAAAUCUGUCUCGAAUGAGCUGGAGCUCAGAUCUCAUUAGUUCUGUAUCUUCUGUACUGUGGAUUUGAUUUGCUCCAUACUGUUUAACCAGAUGUACAAGUUAUCUUAAGAAACUUCAGUGUUCAGUUGUUAUGGUUGUGAUUCUUGGGUGUUCUAAGAUUUGGUUAGCUUCCGUACGCUGUCAGAAGAUAGCAGAUAUUUAGCCACACUAGUGGUGCAGCACCAGGCAUGGCAUUGUCUGUCUGUCUGUUGGUCGGUCUGCUACUUUGGUCCAGGCUGAAAUAUCUCCUGUUGGACAGAUGGCCAAGAAAAUGUUUUCAUAUAUUUAUGGUUUGGAUGGUAUGGAUUGCUGUGACAAUUUUAAUAUGCAUAAUACUUAGGCCUAUGACAUUUCUAUAACAUUCAGCUCAGCUGUACCUUGCACAUAGUGCCAGUUAGCAAAUGAUAGCAUCCUAACAGGCUGAUCUGAGAAUGGCAAAUAUUACCUGCUAAACAGCAUAUUAGCAUUGUAACUGUGAGCAUGCUUAUGUUUGCAUGCAGCUCAAAGCACUGCUGUGUUGUACAGUACAGUCCAGCAGAGCUGUUAGCAUGGCUGUAGAUUCUUUAUCUUGUUUUUUUAAGAAUAAACUAAUGAUUUUGUGUGA